CUAACAGAACUUCUUCUGCCUCACCAAGUCCUCUUUCUUUCUUUCUCUCUCUUGUGCGCGUCCGUUCGUAAUCUAAAUUCGUCUUUCGAUUCUCUCCGGCACUCCGUAACCUUCUGCAUCUCCAUCUUACCGAUCUAUCUCUUGCUCUAUCUCCUCGCCCGCCGUCUAACUGAUGCAGCAUUACUUCGCACAUUGAUGAUAUACAUUUUACCGAUUUUCUCUCAUUCAAACGGUUAGGGUUUGCUGCGAUUCUCCUGCAGGCAGUUACAUCGACGUUCUCUUCAUCUUCCAUUGACGGAUAUAGGUUUGCUCCUCCAUCUCUAGAAUCGAAGCUUUCGGGAGGUUUUUUCUUCUUGUUAUUCUCAAUUUCAUCUUGCAUUUUGUGGAUAUCACUGUCGAUUUCAUCUUGCAUUGAUUUGUGCUCCUUUAAUCUAUGCUUCUGUCGAAUGGAGUGGAGUACUGUUUAUGUUGUUGGCAUCAUCGAAUCGUUAUGCAUUCGUAAGUGAUCUGUCUUACUUGAUAGGUUACAGUUAAGGACGAACGAAACACCUAGUUUAUUGUAGAGAUCUUAAUUAGGUUGAUGCGUUGAUGCUUGUGAAUUGGUUACUUGUGCUGAGGUUUGGUUUGGUUUGGUUUGGUUUGGUUUGGUUUGUUGAGCAUGUGGUUUGAUGGAGGAGAAGUAAUCCAACCUAUCUUUUGUUGUUAUACUUGAUGAUGUUUGGUUCUCAUGGAAAGAGGUGAGCCUACGUUAGUUCCUGAAUGGUUGAGGACCUCUGGGAAUACACAUCAUUUUGCAUUCUCUUCACAUUCAGAUAUUCUUUCAACUACUGCACCUUUUACGAGAAAUAGGUCAUCUAAGAGUGCAACUGAUAAAAACAGUACUUGUUCUUCUGUCCUGGAUCAAACAUCUUCGUCUAAUUAUCGAAAUGGUUUAAGCAGUAAUGGGUUGUCAAAACAUCCGUUUAGUAGUUUUAGCCGUAACCACCGUGACAAGCCGAAAGAGCAGUUUCUUGUGAGUUACUCUUUGGAUGUUGAUAGUUAUGUUCCCUUGAGGGAAACAUUGCCUAGUCGCUAUGAGAAGAAUUCCAUGAGGCAAUCUCCGAGAUUGGUUGGUAGGAAACCUGCUGAUAUUUUAUCCCGAAGGGUAGUGGGCUUAGGAAAUGGUGGUCGGAACAGUUCCUUUGACAACAAUGGUCCAGUCACUGGAAGUAGCAUUCGCAAAGCUACCUUUGAAAAGGACUUUCCUUCUCUUGGAAGUGAAAUGAAACAAGGAACAACUGAUGUAGCUAGAGUUCCAUCUCCUGGUUUGAGCAAGGCAGUACAGAACUUGUCUCUUGGAGGUAUUAACAUGGCAGUGGCAUUGUCACAAGUUUCAUCUCAAUCAAAUACUGCCCCUCAGGUGCUCGAUAAGACGCAAAUGCGCGAGGAAUUGUCGAUAAAGCAAAGCCGUCAAUUAAUACCGAUGCCUCCAGCAUUGCCCAAACCCUCAGUUUAUAAUUCGUUAGGUAAAUUAAAGCCUAAAGUUUCAAUUAGGAACUCUGAGAUGACAAUGUCUACAAAAGGUCCUCCUCAGAAGCCACUGCUUUCAUCCCAUCAUUCUAUUCGUGAUGGACAAACUAGAUCUGAUGCUUCAAGUCCAAGGUCUACUACUACUACUACUGCUAAUGCUGGUGGAAAGUUUCUUGUGCUAAAGCCAUUACGGGAGAUUGGUGCCUCCCCUGCUAUCAAAGAUGUAGUAACUACCUCAUCAACUAAUAAUGGCGACAAGGUAACAAGAGACCAGCUUCCUGCUGCUGCUUCACUAAAUCCGACAAACCCAAAGAGUUCAGGCGUCGAACGAAAGGUAGAUGCACUUACUUCAGAAAAGAAGGCCUCGUUUGCUCAUGCCCAGAGUAGAAGGGAUUUCUUUAAUCUCAUGAGAAAGAAAAGUUCUGUUGUUCUUCAAGAUACAAAAGAAGAAGCUUCACUUUUGUCGUCUCCUUCCAAUAAUAUAAACUCUGAAGUAGUAGUAGUAGCAAACAAUGAAAUCAGCUGCUGCACUGUUGGAAUCACAAGUGUUACCAGUAAUGGAGAAGAUGUGUCUUGCAACAAUGACGAUAAUGAUGGAGAUGAGAAAAAUACUUUUGUCAGUGGAAGUACGGUUAGUCCUGAUGAAGAAGAGGUGGCUUUCCUUCGUUCUCUUGGCUGGGAAGAAAAUGAUGGAGAAGAUGAGGGUCUCACGGAGGAGGAAAUUAAUGCGUUUUAUGAAGAGUACAUUAAACUUAGGCCAACCAUGAAAAUCCAUGGAUGCGUGCAGCCAAAGGUGGCGAUGCUUUCCCAAAACUAAUGGAGGUAGCUGGUUCGUGCGUUUUCUGGGAACCUUAGUUGAAUAUAGAGGAACAGUUCCAAAUUAUGGUAUCAGGUUUUUCUUUCUCUCCUUCUCCCCCCCUUAAACAACGUCUUUGUGAUCGGUGUCAAAGAGUGUCCAGUUAGUUGUUGUUUUGAAACUGAAACGAGCAGCAGAUCAGAGGAUGGAUGGAUGGCUCUGAUUGUUUUCUUCUUUUUCUAUUUCAUGCUUAUGGUAGAGAUUAAAUUACUCAGUGAAACUGGAUUUUCUUUUCGUUAGAACAGCAGUAGUAGUAGUAAUAGUAGGUCAAGAAAUACAGCAAGUGGGGGUUAUAAACUGGACAACCCGGUUUCUUCUUGGUAGUAGGGUGGUAUAUACUACUUUCUUUUGAGAUGUAAUAGAACGCGUUCUCUUUCCUUUCUCUACUGCGUUUUGUUGUGAAUUGAA